AUGCGUCGGUCCACCCUCCGGCCACGCUCUCCCCGCCUACGCGCCCUCGGCUCGGCGCAUACAUCCAAUGCUCCUCAUCGCGAUUCAAUGCCACCCCGAACAACACCACAGCGCAACUCGCGCCACUCCCCCGCCUUGUUUGCCUCGGCUUCAUCGCGCACUCGUCGUCGUCGGUGCACGCGCGUCGCCGCCUUUGCAACACACGCCGCCAUCCUCGUAUCCUCCAUCCUCGUCUUUUCCCCCGCCAUGAUGGCGCCCGCUGCAGCACAGUCCGUCUCGCGUCUCGACACUCGCUCUCGCGCCGCCGCCAUGUCAGCCAACCAGCACACCUUUGACGCCAGAGCCACUGCACCUGACUCCUUAUUCGACUUCAAUUCCCAACCACGGCCUGCAUCGGACCACACUCUACCCGCCGCAUCGUUUUCACACCCACCACACUCCUUUGACGACGUCGACGAUCGGCUACCGCCAGAACCCCAUCCGUCUGCCCCCUUGCAUCGGCAGUAUCCGCGACAAUUCGACGACGAGUCCGCACUUUUCGGCGAACGCGACGUGUCCACCACCCUCAGCCCGCACGAAUACAACGCAGCCACCUCGGCCACUCAGUCAGCACAUCGCUACUCGCUCCCUUCCAGCUACCCCUCCAGCAUCGCCUCGUCUUGGAGCAGGCCAGAGCGCAGCGUUUGGUUCCAGCAGAAGGCCAUCAUCAUCACCUCCAUCUUCUUGGCCAUCUUCAUCGUCCUCUUCAUCGGCGCCGCCGUCUUCCUCCGCGAACGCAAGUUCGACGACGAACUCGCCGGGCUCGACGACGAAGAAGCGCUCGCACGCAUCGAGGAGCGUAUGACCAUGGGUCGCUUCUCCGAUCCCACAGAGAAGCCCGCCGGAGGAGGAGGAAGCAGAUUGAAACGACGUCUGCGUCUCGGAAGGAAGCGCUCCGAAAAGGACUCGGUGGAUCCGGAUUCCACCGACCCGUCCACAGGCUCGUCCAGCGCACUUCGACGCAAGCGCUUCCUCGUCUCGCGCUGGACACGCACGCGCGACAGCAACGACACGGUGCGCAGCAGCAACGAUGCAGCCUCCAUCCGCUCCGGCCGCUCGGCACGACGCGUUGCGCUGGGCGAUCCCACGGCACAGCAGACCGUCGAGGUCGUCUACGACAAUACAGAUGCCAAUGCCGCCUCGAGCCACACGGCAACGUCGGCACGCGAUGCCAACAGCGCCGACGACAGUCACGCCUCGGACUCGCGCACCAACCGUCCUCGUUCGCCACCACCCCCACAUCCCGACAGCGCCCAGCUUGACGGCGACACUGCCACCUCACCCACGUCGGGUGCGAGCGCGCGCUCCCCCCGCCGCGCUGUCUUGGAUGACACCGACUUCCAAGCCGCCGAUGCCGCCGAGACGCACGACGAUGAUCUUCGCCACAUGCCUCCCGCCUACAUUUCGUCCGGCUCUGCAGCGCUGCCGUCGUCGUCGUACGAUGGUGGUGCUUUGGCUGCGGCACUUGCUCGCGGAGAUGCCAAGCACGGCAUUCCGCCCCCGGCCGAGCGCGACACGAGCGUGCCGCCCGAAGUGUUUACCGCCGUGCUUGCAGAGUCGUCCGGUGCAGCGAGGGAGCAAGAGGCAGAGGCAGGGCCCACAGCAGCGCACAUUGCCACCGACGACAAGGCGCUCCUGGGCGCGCUUUCGGCUGCGGCGAGCAUGCCGUCGGCGCCGGCCACUUCGGAGGCCACGGCUCCUGCGUAUGGCUUUGCGGGUGGCUCUUCGAGUGGGGCUGUGAUUCUGCCGCCGACCGCACCCGUGCUCGAGGCAGAUGCGGAAGGCUUCGAGUUGCCGCCCGACGAAGCGCAGGAUGCAAUGGGUGGUGGCAAGGGCAAGGCGAAGCAGACACCACUUGCUACGUCGAGCCUGCUGCCCGCUCCGCCGGCUGCGGUCCAAACGGCAUUUUCGCCAUUCGACCAGCCGUACCGAUCCACUGCCCCUCCCGGGGCGCAGUUGCCGUCGUCACCGCCGAUGGCACGCAUUGGAGCCGGUUCGGAUAGUGGAGGUGGGAUGUCGUCGCGCAAGAGCGAAAAGCAAAAAGAGGCCGAGGAGGAGCAGCUGGCACAGCUCGUUGCGUCGCGUCCCGACGUACCGCGCUAUGAGAGGCGGCAGAGCAGCGCAAAUGGGGCUUCGGCGCCUGCGCUUGAAGAAGGAGCGGUGGAGGGUGUGGAGGAAGAUGCGAGGGGUCUGCCUGCGUACGAGCAGCAAAGACGCGCCUCCCAGCCUGGAACCCGGCGGCAGAUGCAGUUGACACCCACGGCUCCAUCGGCUCCUUCGGCCCCUUCCCCUUCGGCAGAUGGACUUGAUGAGUAG